AUGCCCCAACCAUCUAAUGGCAAGUCGUCUGGUACGGCUUCAGGACCCAUGAUGGCGGACAACGAUCGCGGGCUCGAUACCAAAGCGGAGGUGGAGGUCAGUGGGCGCGAGAUCAAUCCCGCCGACUCUACCACCUCAAGAUUCUCAGACCGUGACCCGGUCGAGGACUUGAAAGAGAGGCUCUCGCAAUGGGGUGAGUCAAGUGUCUAUCACGGCUAUGAUGAUGAAGAUGAGCAAGGGUCCGAACAUGAACUUCUCUUAGAUCCGAAUCUGCCCGAAGAGUACGAGACGAGAAUUCGUAACGCGGCAUCGACGCCAAUCGAAGAGGUCGACGAUGAGUUGGCUAUGAAGAGGGAGGAGGAGGAGGACUCACCGUAUCCCGAAGUACGCGCAGCCGUUCGCAACUACGACGAAGAUAUGCCCUGCAACACCAUCCGAGCCUGGACUAUCGGUCUCAUGUUGGUCACUGUUGGUGCCUCAAUGAACACCUUGUUCUCACUACGACAGCCUUCCAUCGGUCUUGGUCCUCUAAUUGCGCAGAUUAUUGCAUGGCCUAUCGGUCAGGGUUGGGCCAAGGUGAUGCCUACGAAGCAGUUCAAGACCUUUGGCAUCAAGUGGAGCUUGAACCCGGGACCGUUCAACAUCAAGGAGCACUCCAUCAUUGUCGUGAUGGCUGGUGUCUCCUUUUCGGUUGCAUACGCUACCGACAUUAUCCUGGCCCAGCUGGUGUUUUACAAGCAAGACUUUGGCAUCGUCUUUCAACUGCUUCUCACCAUUUCCACUCAGUCCUUGGGUUACGGAAUUGCCGGCAUCAUGCGAAAGUUCCUCGUCUAUCCGGCUGCUAUGAUCUGGCCCGGAAACUUGGUCUCCGUCACUUUGAUGAAUGCCAUGUACGAGACGAAUGACAGACCCGAUCCCACUUUCAUUGGUGGCAGCAUGCCUCGAUACAAGUGGUUCGGUAUCAUUGUUCUUGGCUCAUUCUGCUACUAUUGGAUCCCCGGCUUCCUCGCGCAAUUCCUUAGUAUCAUGGCAUUCGCCACCUGGAUUGCCCCGAACAAUGUUAUCAUCAACCAGCUAUUUGGUGGAACGAGUGGUCUGUCACUUCUGCCGUUGACUCUCGACUGGACUCAGAUUUCCGGAUUCGUUGGCUCCCCGCUCAUUCCCCCAUGGCACGCCAUUGCCAACACCCUCAUCGGUGUUGUUACCUUCUUCAUCAUCGGCUGCUCCGUCUUCCACUACAGCGGUGUGUGGUACGCUCAGUUCCUGCCCAUGAGCGACUCGGGCACGUACGACAACACGGGUAACCCGUACAACACGUCUCGCAUCCUUACCCCUCAGCUUACACUGAACGAGGAGGCGUACAAGAACUAUUCACCGCUGUUCAUCAGCACCACGUUCGCCAUGUCGUACGGUCUGUCAUUCGCUGCCAUCGCUUCUUUGAUCGUCUACACCUAUCUGCACAACGGGAAGCAGAUUUGGGCCCAGUACAGGAACAGCAACAAGGAGCAGCCCGAUAUCCACAUGAAGCUCAUGAGGAAGUACAAGGAGGCGCCGACUUGGUGGUACAUGGGCCUCUUCGUGAUCAUGCUUGGUCUAGGUUUCGUGACUGUUCUGUACUACCCGACCAACCUGACCUGGUGGGCCUUCCUUUUGGCGGUGGCUAUUUCGUUCGGCUUCUCGCUGCCCAUUGGCAUUAUUCAGGCUGUCACGAACAACCAGAUUGGUCUGAAUGUGUUGACGGAGUUCAUCUACGGCUACAUCCAACCCGGGCGACCUCUCGCACUCAUGAUCUUCAAGACUUUUGGCUACAUCACCAUGUCCCAGUCCCUCAGCUUCGUCUCUGACUUGAAGUUUGGCCACUACAUGAAGAUCCCGCCAAGAACCAUGUUCAUGUGCCAAGUCGUCGCAACCACCUUCUCCUGCUUCAUCCAGAUCGCCGUGCUCAACGCCGCGUUGAAGAACAUCCCCGAUGUCUGCACGCCGCACCAGGAGAACAAGUUCUCUUGCCCGGGCGGCCGCGUCUUCUUUGCCGCAUCCGUAAUUUGGGGUCUCAUCGGUCCCGCCCGCAUGUUCUCCCCGGGCCAAGUCUACUCCGGCCUCUUCAUCUUCUUCGGCCUCGGCGCCAUCCUCCCCGUAAUCUUCUACUUCGCCGCUCUCAAGUGGCCCAAGUCUCCCGUCAAGUACCUCAUGGCGCCCCUCAUCUUUGGCGGUGCCGGCGCCAUCCCCCCCGCGACGCCCCUCAACUACCUCUCCUGGGGCAUCGUCGGCUACGUCUUCCAGCACCACAUUCGCAAGAAGCAUUUUGGCUGGUGGUCGCGCCUCAACUACCUCACCUCGUCGGGUCUCGACCUCGGCCUGGCGCUCGCCACGCUCGUCAUCUUCUUGGCUUUCACGCUUAACAAGAUUGAGCCACCUAAAUGGUGGGGUAACGAUAUCGUGACUGCAACGAUGGACGCGCAGGGCACGGCUAUCCAGGCGACGCCCGCGCCUGGAACAAAGUUUGGUCCGACAAGCUGGAGAGAGACAUGGGGACAUGUCCCAUGUUCCAUGUUGCUCCUGCCUAUUCCCCCCCAAUUUUGUAAAGGGUGUUUGCUUGGAAAGACCCAGUGGACAUUGGAUACGGAUGAUUAA